GCUGCACAACUUUCCGUCUCCACCAAACUGGAUGAGGAUUAUUUACUGCUUCCAGCCUAGGAACAAUUCUGUGCAUAACACAAAUGGAUGGGAUUUUUGCAUUGCUGACUUGUGUGCUCACAGCUAAAGCAGUGUUUGGAUUUGGGACGGAGAACGAUUUACAAAUUGACAUAAUUUCAGAGCUGGAACUUGAGAAUAACACAAGAGGGAUUACACAGGUUUAUGGAGCUCACAAUGGCAGCAAAGCCUUCUUAUUUCAUGAUGUGGAGCGGGAGAUCCACGCGGCGGCGCACACCGGAGAAAAGGUGAUUCAGCUCUUCAGGAAUAAGAGCGAGUUUACUUUCCUGGCCUCCAUACAGCAGAGGUCGUCGUCGUCUGGGGUCAUCCUCUCCAUACGAGAAAUGGAGCACAGCUUCUUCGAACUGGAAAGCAGCGGUUUACGGGAUGAAAUCAGAUACCACUACAGAUAUAACGGAAAAUCAAGAACAGAAUCAUUUCCUUAUCGACUGGCAGAUGGGCAGUGGCACAAAAUCGCUCUGACUGUCAGUGGCUCCCAUGUCCUCAUCCACGUGGACUGCAACAAAAUUUAUGAGCGAGCGAUUGAUCCGCCUGAGAGCAAUCUUUCCCCCGGAAGCAGCUUAUGGCUUGGACAGCGAAAUAGGAAACAUGGAUUCUUCAAGGGAGUGAUUCAGGACGUGAAACUCAUCUUUAUGCCGAGCGGAUACAUAACUCAGUGCCCAAACCUGAACCGCACAUGCCCGACCUGCAGCGAUUUCCUCAGUCUUGUGCAAGGCAUCAUGGACUUACAGGAGCUGCUGGCAAAGCUGACGGCGAAGCUAAACUAUGCGGAGACGAGACUAAGUCAACUGGAGAAUUGUCAUUGUGAGAAGACGUGUCAGGUCCAAGGUGUGAUCUACAGGGACAGGGACUCCUGGGUAGAUGACGACCACUGCAGGAACUGUACAUGUAAGAAUGGCGCUAUUGAAUGCAGACAUAUGUUGUGCCCCCCUGUCAACUGUUCUCCAGAAUAUUUACCGGUCCAUGUUCCAGGUCAAUGUUGCAAGAUCUGUAGACCCAAAUGCAUUCAUGGUGGGAAAGUCCUGGCAGAAGGUCAGAAGAUCCUGACUACGACCUGCAAAGAAUGUAAACAUGGAGCUUUGCAGAAGGUAACAGAGCCGUGUCCGCCAUUGAACUGCACAGAAGAGGAUCGAAUUCUUCCCGAGAACGAGUGCUGCUUUGUUUGCCGAGGGCAUGACUUUUGCGCGGAUGGUUAUCAAUGUGGAGAAAACUCAGAAUGCAGAAACUGGAUCACAAAGGCCACAUGUGAAUGUCGGAACGGGUUUGUCCCCUUUCAAGGAGACCCGACCUAUUGUGAAGAUGUUGAUGAAUGUGCUGCCAAAAUGCAUUAUUGCCAAGCCAACACAGUGUGCAUAAAUUUACCGGGAUCGUACCGCUGCGAAUGCCUGCCGGGGUAUACACGCGUCGAUGAUUUUUCCUGUACAGAACAUGAUGACUGUGGCAAUGGACAUGGUAGCUGUGAUUUGAAUUCCAUUUGUACAAACUCGGUGGAGGGGCACAGUUGUACUUGCAAACCCGGCUACGUGGGGAAUGGCACCGUCUGUCGAGCAUUCUGUGAGGAGGGUUGCAGGUACGGAGGAACUUGUGUGGCCCCAAACAAAUGCGUCUGUCCCCCUGGAUUCACAGGAGCUCACUGCGAGAAAGAUAUUGAUGAGUGUGCAGAAGGGAUCAUUCAGUGUCACAACCAUUCCCGCUGUGCCAACCUUCCGGGAUGGUACCACUGUGAGUGCAGAAGCGGCUUCCAUGACAAUGGGACCUACUCCAUUACUGGGGAGUCCUGUGUUGACAUUGAUGAAUGCGCUUUAAGGACUCACACCUGCUGGAACGAUUCAGCUUGCGUCAACUUAGAAGGCGGAUUUGACUGUCUUUGCACGUCCGGACCGUCUUGUACGGGAGACUGUCCCCAUGAAGGCGGGCUGAAACGCAACGGCCAAGUCUGGACCCUAAAAGAAGACAGAUGUUCUGUAUGUUCAUGCAAGGACGGGAAAAUCUUUUGCCGAAGGACCGCGUGCGACUGCCAGAACCCGAGCGUUGACCUGUUCUGCUGCCCGGAGUGCGACACCAGAGUCACCAGCCAGUGCCUGGAUCAAAGUGGCCGCAGACUCUACCACAGCGGAGACAAGUGGACCUACAGCUGCCAGGAGUGCCGCUGCCUGGCGGGGGAGGUGGACUGCUGGCCCCUGAGCUGCCCGUCUCUGAGCUGCGAGUACACGGCUGUGUCAGAGGGCGAGUGCUGCCCACACUGCGUGAACGACCCCUGCUUAGCAGAUAACAUCACCUACGACAUCAAGAAGACCUGUGAAGACAGCCAUGGGGUGACCCGGCUCAGCGGCUCUGUAUGGACCAUGUCCGGAUCUCCGUGUACAACUUGUAAAUGCAAGAAUGGAAGCAUCUGCUGCUCGGUGGACCUAGAAUGUCUGCACAAUAACUAAAGAUCUAAAUACGGGACUUUCGCACGAGAGGAAGAAAAUCACCAACUACAGGAUGCAGUUCCCAUCGAUACGACGACGCGAAGACUCAAUGUUUUAUACAAUGGACAAUUACCAAAAUCUCCACAAGAGGAAGAUGUUUGGCAGUCGCCUGCAGACUUUUCUGUUACGUUCACUCAUAUUGCCCCAGCCCGGGGCGGCCCCAGGUUACUGUCGUCACAAGGAUUCUCGCUCAAAAAACUCCAGCAGUUAAUGAUCUUAAUGUUGUGAGUCGCAAACUUUUUACUUGUCCCAUCGGAAAACACCUUUCAAUCGGUUGUAAAAUUUGGUGUCUUCUCUUCUUCUUCUUCCACCACCACGACUAGUGGAAGAUCUCACCUCCAUGAAUGUCAUGUCCCUGCUCCUGGAUUUUAUUUGAGGUCCCUGCCUGGUGUAUUUAUGGAAAUCUGUAUAUAUGUGCAGUCUAACGGCAUAGCUUCUUUAUUUAAUAGCUUAAUACGUCACCCGUGUCUCGAAAUGUAAAAAGAAAAAAACAACUUAAAAAUAAAAACUUUACAAGCUUCUUA